AUGACUUCGACAAAUAUGUUCCAAGGACUGGACACCGGUUCCAAACCGAGUUCGAGGUGACUAAAUAUUAAAGAUAAGACUUUCAAACGCAGAGUUUAGAUGUUUUUAAGUGUGUCGGUCAGCUCUAAAAGUAGGUUAACGCUGUGUGACAAAAGCUCCUCAUUCUUUUUCCGCCUCUGCUUUCUAACAUAUCACUAACACUUGGCUAAGUUACGAGGAUAUUUACAGCGUCUUAUCUAAGUGCUCUCUAAAGCUGGGGGAGUUUUGUAAAGUUGUGUCGCAUUAGCUAAUUAAAGAUAACAAGAAUUAGCCUUGAAGCUAACAGGCGUUGUCUGCUGCCCUGCGGAAGUGUGAAAUCCUCCUCAGACUGCUCCUCUUUGUUUCUACAUGAGCCUCUGCUCGGCUGCAAAGAUUGGUAAUUUCCUGCUUUAGGACUCCACAGACUCAGCUCUCAGUCAUCUUUGAGAUUUACUGAGGUUCACAUGUGCUGUGGCUUUUAAUUAGGUGUUAAAUUACAGCUACAUGUUAAACACACAGGAGGGUUUUUAGACGCAUGGCGCCACACCGGCUCUAUAAGCAAACCUGUUAUUAGGCUGCGGCUGGAGCUCCACUCUAUAACAUACAUGUACAUCUGAGUUAUACUGUGGGAGUUUCUAAUGUGUCAGCCUGUGUGUUUAUAUCAGGGCCCGACCGAGAUGGAUUUUUGGGGGCCGAUACUGAUUGUCGGGCCCUAGUUUAUAUCAUUAUUAACCUCAAGACAUUGUUUUCCUUUAGUUUGGUAAGGGUUAACAUCAUUGGAUAAGUGACUGGUUUAGUGAAAUAGAUCAGCAAUGAACUGUUUUAGUCAUAGAUUAAUUAACCAAUCACAACCUCAAUUCGGAAAGAGUAAGUAUGCUGUAUAAAAUGUUUAUUUUCUUGGCUCCGGAUCAUUUAAGAUACAAAUACAACUCCAACUUCAAGAGUUGAAAUUGGAGUUGUAUUUGUGUUAGGGCUGGGCGAUAAAACCAUUACGAUAUAGCUCGAAAAUUUAUUUCCCCCAAUAUCAAUAUUAAACAUGGUCAAUAUGCUUUUCAAUAGUUGAUAUUCUGCUAUGUUUUGGUAGACUAUACGAGUAGUAGGGCUGGGAUGAUAUACUUCUCCCCCGAAUCGAUUCUUUUAUGAUUUUUUGAUGCCGAUUUGAUUUAAAUUGCAAUUCUACGAUAUUGUUGAUUUUCUCAAUUUUUAAGGUCCUCACGCACCGGGAAUGACACAAAUAUACUGAGCAAAAUCACGAACUAUUCAGAGGCGAAUUUUUACAUUUUGAAUUUUGCAAACAUAAAAUUUCUGAAGUUACUUAGCUAAUGAAUAGCCAAUGAAAAGGGGAGUUUCUCCAGGUCCACUUCGCUCUGAACCAAUCAUGUGCUGAAUUAGAACCAAGUAGCAAACAGCUGCAUAGUAGCAGACAGCAGCUACACCCAACCAUAACACUUUAACAGAGCAACGCCUUACGACAAAACAUCAAAGAGACACACAGACCUCACAGACGCAGGAGAUUAUUGUGUUGGAAAAGACAUGAGACCAAUAAACACUGUUAGAGUUCAUUUUUAUAUAUUGUGAUAUAUAUCGAUAUCAACUGAUAUGAAAAAAUAUAUCAUGUUAAACUUUUUCCCAGAUCGCCCAGCCCUAAUUUGUAUGUUGAAUUUGUGGUGGUAGAUUAGUUUGAACUGUUUAUGAAGGAUCAUAUUUGCACAAAGUCAUUGAUCCAAACCUGAUCCUACAAACAUGACCCUUUAUUCUGUAUAUUUCAGGGUGUUGCAGCCGCCCGGAGGUGGCUCCAGUAACCUGUUUGGAGGCUACGAAGAUGAUGCCGGAGCUUCAAGAAAACCCAAUAAGAUGGCCUCUAAAGUUUUUGCCCCACCAGAAGCGCCUGAGAGGGCGCCCAGACGCUCCAAUCCUCCAGGUCAGACCUGAUGACUGUGCAGAGUCGGACCGGUCAAAGUAUCUCUCAGUGUUCAGGCAGAGAAAUCUGUAACUACAGUGUGAUAACUCCAAAGUAAACACAAACUGGUCACUGUUUUCAGACCUUUACUCUGAUUUACUCCAGAUUCUGUGGAGGAUGUAACAUUUACUGUAGUGGAGAGUGUUUUUAGUUCAGUCUGCUGCCUCCAAACAAAGACUGCAGAGUCACCCUGACUAUCUGCUCUCUGGAUCUGCCACAUUUGCAUCCCUGAGAUGGUCUGUUCCCUCAGUGUAGUCUCUGUUCAGUAUAUCAUAACCAAACCAAAGGAGAGUGUACUGGACUGGCCUUCACUCUGAAGAGCUGCUUUAAUGACACAGUUUCAACCCUAACUCAUGUUCUGAUGGUACCUUCUUCAGGUGGGAAGAGUAGUGGAAUAUUUGGAGAACCUGAACCUCCAGCUCAAACACAGAGACCCAUCCCUCCAGGCGGACCAUCCAGCAACAUAUUCGGAGCUGCAGAGGGUGCACCCGUCCUGAGCCCAAGCAGAGGUCAUCCAAACAAGCCAAAGGUAGGCUGUGAUGUAGUUUGACGUGAACGUUAUUACUUCUGAUAUUAACCCCCGUUAUACUCUGACUGUUGAGACCACGUCAGCUCCUGAGCUUUAUCUCACCACUACGUCACUCCCUGCUGUGGCAGAAGGGUCCAAAAGUCGAUUUACAACCUAUCUUAUCAUUUAUUCGUCCUCCACAUCCUAUAAGGAGUCCAGUCUGACUCCUCAAUACAUGAAUCAAUACAGUUUGUGCAACUCAGACAGCUGAGUCUGUUUCCUCUGACGACCCAAACUGUCACAUUAUACGAUGGUUAGUUUCCUCUGUCGGAGGUUAGUGUCGGUGUUCGUUCCUCAUACAGCUGUUUGUUUGCAGCCCAGAACACGCAGCAGGUCAGGAUGUUUAUCCCUGCUGGCAAAAAGGAAUUUUAAGGAGAUUUUGGAUAAGCUUUUUUUCAGCUCAGCAGCACUUCACGGCGCUCUGCUGCAGGUCGAGAGGUCUCAUUUACUCAAAUUAGGGCAAAUUUACUCAUUUCAUCAGUAUUCAUGUUUGUUUCUCCACAGAGAACCUAAAAUGAUGACGGACAGACAGACAACCGCUAAACAGUUUCCCUCUGUGUCAUUUUAUCCUAAUGAGUGAAAUAAUCUGUUAAUAAAUCAGAUCGGUGCAGUCCUCCUCCUCUUUAGAGUAAAUCUGUCAUGUUACACAUUUUUCUGGAGAUUUUCUGGCUGCAGACUCAGACCGCUCCGAGUCAGAGUUUUUGCUCACUCGCCUGCCGAGACACGUUUGAUCCUUUCUUCAGAGCUCAUGUGAUAAGAGUCUCUGCUCAGCCACAUCAGCGCGCUCUGAUCUAAAUAUACCACAGCUGAACUUCCAUCAGGGUUCUCUGAUGAAUCUAUUUUGAGUGUUUUUAUGAAAUCAAGAAGAAAUAACCCAAAUUAAUUUUGCUUUUUUUGUUGCAGGACAAUCUAAGCGUGGGAUCUGAACCCGAAUCACCAGGUGAGCUUUUUCCCUUCAGGAAUAAUUCUGGUGUUAGGAGACAGAAAACAGAUAUUCUGUUUUAAAUGAAAUGAUUAGAGAAAUAAAGAUUUAUUGAAGUGUAUGAUGAAAACAGGAGCAGUGAGAGAUGAAGUAAAGAAGUGUGGAUGUUGUUGAGGGUGAAGCUGGGCUGCAGUGGGACCCCGGUGUCGUCAGUCUGGUCUCCUCAGUGGAAGCGUUUUGAUCCGUUCAGUUUGUUCUCCAGGGAGAAUCGGCGCCGCUCACAUACGGUAGUGUCUCUUUAAGUGGUCGGACCCACGACGAAUCAGAGAAAUGCAGCAUGUGAUGGAGCGCAGAGCUGCAGGGGAGUGAGCUGACGGUCUGUAGAGAGGAAGGUCGGAGUAAACAGGGUCAGGGGUCUGCUGUGGACAGGUGUCUGAGGGACUCUGUGAAAAUAUUUAACAAGAAUCGAAGUUUUAUAUCGUCGUGUUAAAGUUCUCCUGCUGGAGGCCUCUGCUGAGUCUCUGUAUUUAUUUCUGUUAUUUCUGCUGUGUUCUCUCUCUGUGAUGUGAGGAUUGUCUGUUUUAUCUUCUGUUACAAACCAAACUGCCUUUUGGGGACAAUCAAGAAUUUUAAAUCACAUGAAAACUAAAAGAAUGAGACACGAUCAGCACUGAGGGGCUGAAAUAAACAGUCAAACCAACGAAGAGCAGGAUGACAGUUAGAGAGGAGUUAACCCACCUCUCUGCAGCAGAAACAGCCAUCUUUGUUGGUCAUGACUGAAGGGCGCUCCUUUGUGGUCAUUUUAAACAGCUGAGGACUGUGAUUGGUCCAGUGGAUCUGAAGUCUGCAGGAAUCUCUCUAGAGAGAGCGAGCGGCUGCAGAUCCACCUGACAGGAAAACUGAGAGGAUGGAUCUGGAAACUCUCUGAGGUCUAACCCCAAACCGCCCCGACACACUCACAGCUGUGGAGAGCGCCUUAAUGGAAAUGGGAGGGUAUAAACAAGACGGGCGAGAAUAUGACGCCCUCCUCACUCUACUGGACAACAUAAAGAUUCAUCACCAUAGCAACACAAAGACGCGUCCUGUGCAUGGCAGCGUUUCUAUUAAACAGACAUCAUGUUCAGUUCUGAUCCGUCCGCCUCGUUUCUUCAUCCUCCCAGUAAAAUCAUAAAUCCAGGAACCAUCACAGAGACAGGAACUAACUGUAGGUUUUUUUAACUGCGUUGUCACUAACAGACAUUUGUGUCCCCUCCCAGCACCUGUAGCCAAAGCCAGCCCACCUGAAGUGACUGAAGAAGCGGCCCCCCCAGCCCCUGUGCCGGCCCAGGAGGAGCCUGUUGCUCAGGCUGCAGCCGCUCCUGCUCCUCCUUCUCCUCAGCCCGAGUCCUCCUCCUCCCCCUCCUCCUCUUCCUCCCCUCCUCCUCAGAGCGCAGAGACCGACCAGCUGAAGAACCACGAGCCUCACCUGGGACCCAAGCCUCGCUCACACAACAGGGUCCUGAACCCUCCUGGAGGAAAGUCCAGUGUGGUAUUCUACUGA